AACUGCAUCCAGGCGGAGCAAGACAUCCUUCAUUACCGAGCAGACCACAGCGAGGGGGGACAGAGAGGGGAGCUGCCAAAGCCGACUGAUGUGAACUGGACUGCAGAAGGAGAACACCCACAGAGUAAAGACGGAGAACCAGCGACCCUGCUAAUAUGUGGCAACCUGCGUCGGAGCGGCUGCAGCACUUUCAGACAAUGCUGAAGACGAAGCUAAACGUGCUGACGCUGAGGAAGGAGCCGCUGCCUACAGUGAUCUUUCAUGAGCCCGAGGCCAUCGAGCUCUGCUCUGCCACGCCGCAUGCAAAGAGCAGGAGCCACGCUGGAUACAAGGUGACCUACCUGGGCAAGAUGACCAUUUCUGGGACUCAGUUCUUGUCGGGCUGUACGGAGUCGGCGGUAGUGAGUCUGGUGGAGCGCCGCGCCGUGGCCCAGCAGCAGGGCUCCGCCCCCCCGAGCAACUCCCUGCUGGAAAUCCGUCCCUUCCAGGUGCGACUGCACCACCUGGAUGAGCGCGGCGAGGUCUCGUUAACCGUGGACGCCUACCAGGUGGCGCGCAUCGCCUACUGCACGGCGGACCACAGCGUGAGGCCCAACGUGUUCGCCUGGAUCUACCGGGAGAUCAACGACGACCUGUCCUUCCAGAUGGACUGCCACGCCGUGGAGUGUGAGAGCAAGCUGGAGGCCAAGAAGCUGGCGCACUCCAUGAUGGAGGCUUUCCGCAAGACUUUCCAAAGCAUGAGUAGCGAGGGGCGCAUUCACAAGAGCGGCUCAACAGACGACUUUGCCGAGGACUCGUCCACGCCUGACGACUCGACCCCGGACGACGGUUGAAGUCGAAGACGCUCGCGUUCCUGAUCUCUGUUCUAACAAAUUGAGGGGUGACUUGGAUGGACAGAGUAACUUCUCUUAUUCACUUUCCCCUGCCGUCUCUUUCUAUUUUGAAUUUGGUAAAGAAAAAAAAAUAUAUCCACUAUAUGAACCAACACGGCCAGGACGAUGAAGUAGCCUAAAAAUUGACUGAAGGAAAGGUAGAUGAAACAGAUUUGAUAAAGAGCUUAUAGACAUUAAAGUACUCGACCCUCUGGAGGGUUCGAAGCCCCACAUGUAAUAAUCCACAAAAAUGGUAUUCAUGGUCUCCCUUUCAGCUCCUGAUAUUCUGCACCUCUCAAAGACUGCCUGUGGUGCUUUUUUUUUUUAAUCCACAAAACGAAACAAAUGCCAUCUUUAGCCAAUGCCAUACUGACCUUUUGUUCUUCUUGCCAUGUAGGGACCAAACACAAGAUCGCAGGUGGCCUGUCCCAGGUUCAAGCCCAGAGUUUAGGACUGCUGAUGAUUCUUUAUCUGUUAAAUCUCUGCUUCAUCACAGCAAGUGGGGAUGGGGGGGGGUUGGCUUUCACUAAGGCUUCCUUAGGAGAUCCCCAGACAGUGAUGACAAAGCAUGACUAAGAGAGAACUACAACUUAUGUCUCCAUUUCAUUGGUAGUGAGAGAUGAAGCAGUAAGAGAUGAUGGGGAGCGGGUUACACUUUAGACGUUCUCACUGGGCUGGAAGCCGGAGCAUCUCUCAGACACCUUAAUCGUCUUACGUCCGACGUUUGUUUUAUGUAUACCAAAAUCCAGGCUGCGUUUUGCCUGUCAGAUCAUGUGCCUCACUUUCCCCGUCAUCUCACAGUGCUUAUAUGCUUUUCUUUGUGCGUGUAGGUGUAAACGCUUACGUCUCUUUUCUGUAUGCACAUGCAUGAAGAUGCAAGCGCCUGGAUGUGAGAGAGUAGGAAGACAUGAGGAAUAAGCGUAUCAAAUGGUGGCGGCCAUUUUUUUUUUUGGUUUUAUGUCUGAAAACGUUUUUUUUUUUUUUUUUUAAAUCAGGCAUGGUACUGUGACCAUUUGCCAGCUUUUCUUUUUUUAAUCAAUAAAUGACACAAUAUUCAAGUAACCGCAUGAGUCGGAGCGGGCCCAAACGCUGACGUGGUCGGUACGCUAAACCGCAGCCAUUCAUGUGAACGGCUCCACGCCUCCCGGCCGCUGCAGAAUGUAUGAGUCUGUCUCCCUGCGAUCGCGUCACAUCGCGCCCGGUCACUUCAGGCUCCGCAGAUCGCCUCGAGUUAUCGCGACACCUUGAAGGGAGUGACAGCGAGUGGCACAGAUAUCUCCGCUGCUCUGCAUCUCCACUCCAGGACCGCGGCGCUUUCUUGUCCGGCAGGACUUCACUGAACAGAACGAGUGCCAUUCGAGUCACAUGGCUUUAAUCAGCACAUGCAAGGCCUUGUAAAAGUAUUACAACCCCUCCUAAUCUUUCUUCUACAGUCACUUAAACAUAAAUUUUAGUGUAUUUUGGGGGAUUUUUUUAAAAGGUACACCUUUAUAAGGAAGUGCAUGUUGGUAAAGUUGAAGAAAAAGGAAACAUGGUUUUCAAAAAGGUGCAUUUUUUUAUUCCCUGAUUCAGCACUACGUGCAACCAUAUACCGUUUUGAAUGCAGGCAACAAAGCUACAUUUUGGUCGUGUCUUAGGAGAGCGCCUUCUUCCACAACGCUUGCAAUGCGUUGCUUGUGGCGAACCUCAAAUGAGGCUUCCUAUGCCUGUCUAUCAAGCAUUGAGCAGCCUUGCCCUUGUUACUUGAAGGCCAGAUAUGUUGCAUGAGCAACUACUAGUGCUGUUAAAAGAUUUCCUGCAAAACAAUUCGUUCAACAAUGGCUUUCUCCUUUCCCCUUGUCCAUGAUGGGUGGGAACCACUAAUAGUCAUAGGUUCUCCUGCCUGAGCUGUGGCUUUCUGUAGCUCCUCCAGAGUUACUAUGGCCACCCUGGCUGCUUGUCUAGCCUGUUGCAUCAGGUGGUUGUGCCGUAGCUUUUUCUCUGGCCUGCCUGCUUCGUUCCUUGGUCUUCAUAUUGCUUUUUGUUUGCUAAAAACCUCCGAGGCCUUCACAGAAACAGCUGGAUUGAUACAUGGAUUAAAUUACACACAGAUGGAUUCUGUUCACGAAUUAGGGGACAAUCGCUUGCAGUGGAUUUCAGAUAGGGGUGUCGGAAGUAAAGGGAGCUAACGAAGCCAAUGGAUGCUGCGCUUUUAUUUUUAUGCAAAACAUUCUUAAAACCAUGUCAUUUUUCUUCCUCUUCACUAAUAUGCUCAAAAUAGCCCCAAGGAAAUGUGUUGAAAAGUGUGAUUCACAAAAAUGUGAAGAAACAAAAACAAAUUGAAGGCGUAUUAAUACUUUGGGAAGUUACUGUUAACCUGGCCAGCCAGACUGAUAAUGUGUAGCACUCUCCGUUCUGCACAUUAUCACUCUGGGUCUGAAUCCGUUUGGGGAAGCUGAUUGGACAAAGCAACACCUAGUGCCCGCCUACCACAGGUUGGUUUUAGCCAAUCACGGUAUCAAAUUAAAAUAUAAGCCGCAGACGUCAUGCAAGACCACAACAAGGUAAGCUAGUCCAGGCACUUCUUGCUGUUACGCGCGUCCUCCUGCGCUGCCGUGUUUAUUUUGGUCCGACCGCUCUUGCUUUCGUCUCAGCGCUAUGUCCCGCCCUAAACCUCAAUACUGCAACGUGAUUGGCCCGAACCGCUUUUGGUUCUGUCACAAACGGUUGAAGCCGGAGCGGUACGAGAUGGACUCUGGUGCGUUUGUGAACGCGCAGACACCACGAGGAUUCAGCUUGCAGGCAAAGGUUAUGCGAUUGUACCCAUAGACAAGCCUAGAUACAACAAUACAUACGAUAUGUACACAAAAUGUAUUUGCUCAGUAAGCUUAUGUAAAUACAAAUGUAUCACUUUCCAAAUAUUGCAACAUAAAUGGUGAUAGCUAUUUUAAAUAAAAAAAAAUUAUUGAGAACCUUUUAAAUGCUGAAAUAGUGUAAUUAAGCUGAACUGUGAAGAAGUGGAGAGGCUGAUUGCGACGGAUGGAAGUGUGUGUGUGUGUGUGUGUGUGUGUGUGUGUGUGUGUGUGUGUGUGUGUGUGCUUGAAGCUAAUGUGGAGGGAAGUGUUGUGUAAGGAGAGGUGGGAUGUGAGGGGAAUGUUUGUAAAGCUGUAGUUUACUGUGCCAUGUCUGCCUUACAGCUCAGAUGCGUGUUAAAUGUUAAGGAGGGAGGGCGGGGGGGGGGGGGGCAAUGUUACCAUAACUGUUUUCUAUAUGGUGUUUGUGCAAAGAUCAAAAACACAGUUGCAUAUAAAGCAUUUACCAAGAUCCCAA